UGGAACUUUGAAAGUUCAUAUGAGGACACAUACGAAAGAAAAACCAUAUUCUUGUGAAAUUUGUAAAAAGUCUUUUUCUGAGAGUGGACAUUUCAAAAUCCAUUUGAGGACACAUACAAAAGAAAGACCAUAUUCUUGUGAAAUUUGUAAAAAAUCUUUUUCUUCUUUUUCUGUUAGUGGAAGUUUGAAAGUUCAUUUGAGGACACAUACAAAAGAAAAACCAUAUUCUUGUGAAAUUUGUAAAAAGGCUUUUUCUGAUAGUGGAAAUUUAAAAGUUCAUUUGAGGACACAUACAAAAGAAAAACCAUAUUCUUGUGAAAUUUGUAAAAAGGCAUUUUCUCAGCGUGGACAUUUCAAAAUCCAUUUGAGAACACAUACAAAAGAAAAACCAUAUUCUUGUGAAAUUUGUAAAAAAUCUUUUUCUGUGAGUAGAACUUUGAAAGUUCAUAUGAGGAAACAUACCAAAGAAAAACCAUAUUCUUGUGAAAUUUGUAAAAAGCCAUUUUCUGAGAGUGGGAGUUUGAAAAUUCAUAUGAGGACACAUACAAAAGAAAAACCAUAUUCUUGUGAA